AUGGCACCGGGUCGACGACCGGCUAGAUCAGGCGUUCUGGUCAUCAGGACGCCGCCAGCACCAGCACCGGCGUCUGCGCCUGUACCCACCAAGGGAGCAUCACCAGUGCCUGCUCCCUCAGGCGACGUUGACAGCAUCCCCAUUGCGGAUCUUACACUCGAUGUCCCUCUUAGACCAUUCCAGCGCAAGCGCCGCGUUCCCGACCGGCCUUUUCCGUUUCUCGAACUGCCAUCCGAGCUGCGCAUCAAAGUCUACGAGCACUACUUUAGGGAUGAAGAAUGGCCCAAUGAGAUCCUCGACUUGGGUCCCGACAUUUAUAAGCGGUACCAUAAGAAAUUGGGAAUCAUCCGGGUAUGCAGGCAGAUUCACGACGAGGCCACCCAUUACUUCUACAGUACCCGUCGAUUCCGAAUAUUUCCCACCAGUCCGGGACGAUACUUCAAAACGAAGAAGCCGCUGCUGUCGCGGAUGAAGAAGGUCCAGCGCGAGUGCGUCACCUCGCUCGAACUGCGCCUUGGGCCGGGAUGGGGCGCGCCACCUCGGGGAUGGGUGGUCAACGAUGCCCUCGGGCUGGCCGAAUUCACCAACGUCCGCAGGCUCUGUGUGUUUGUCGAGUGCGACCCCAGCGAUGGAGUGUUCAAGGGAUUCCGCCGCUCCGAGGGGUUCUACGAGGAAUUCAGCCGCACCCUUCUGGCAAGUCUCUUGGAGAAGCUCCCUUCCGUGAACGUCGUCGAGUUUGACGGCUGGUCCAGCGUUAAGAAAAAGGGCGCAAUGAUGUCGGGCCUGCUCGAGACUGCUCGAACGGCCGGGUACUUGACCGGCUGGGGACCCGAGCGUGGCUGGACUGACGAGGAUUGCGAAGAUGACGAGCCUAACAAACAUGAGCCAAACCCCUUCAUGGCGGUGACACCACUCGCCACCGGUGACUGGCCGCACAACAUUUUGGUUUCAGCAUAG